UGCAACUCUAAGCACAUUUUUGUACUUAGUCAGGUACCCAGGUGCUGUCAAGUCUAUUCUGACUCGUGACAAGCCCACGUGUGUCAGAGUAGAACUGUGCUCCAUAGGGUUUUCAAUGGCUGAUUUUUCGGAACUAGAUCACCAGGCCUUUCUUCCAAGGUGCCUCUGUGUGAACUCAAGUCACUAACUUUUCAGUUAGCAGCCGAGUGUAGUGUGUUAACUGUUUGCACCACCCAGGGUCUCCAGAAUAGCCAGGGAACACUGGGAUAAAGCCUUGCUCCUCAAAAUGUGAGUAGGGCUUCUGCCUCCCUUGGUGCUGCUUCUGUGCUCAUUCAGUGCAGACCUGGUACCUCUUUUGUGAAGCAGCAGCUGAGGAGACUCCGGUGCUCACCAUGGCUGACGAAAAACCCAAGGAAGGAGUCAAGACUGAGAACAACAAUCAUAUUAACUUGAAGAUGGCGGGGGAGGAUGGUUCUGUGGUGCAGUUUAGGAUUAACAGCCAUACUCCACUUAGUAAACUAAUGAAAGCCUAUUAUAAACGACAGGGUUUGUCAAUGAGGCAGAUCAGAUUCCAAUUUGAUGGGCAGCAAAUCAAUGAGACAGACACACCUGGACAGUUGGAAAUGGAGGCUGAAGAUACAAUUGAUGUGUUCCAGCAGCAGGCAGGUGCCUCCUAAAAAGGGAGCCUGCUACUUACUCCAGAACUCUGUUCCUACAGACCGAGAAUAUACUCUCAAUUAGAAAAUCACAAUUUGGCUCCACCAUAUCCUGGCUAUGACAGUAGAGUUUUCUGUUUUUUCGUUUUCCCCUACCCCGUUCUUUUGUUGUACAUAAAGUAACUGGUGUAUGUGCCGAAGCAUGUUGCAUUUUUUUUUAACUAAAUGGCCAAUGGUAUGUUUUGAUCGACAUCAAGUGUAGGCGGGAUGGCGGAAAACACCCCCUUAGUGAAAAUACCCCCUUUCUCCAUUAGCAGCAUGCUCAUUCAGCUCUCAUCUUUAUAUUCCAGUAAGUUAUUUUGCUCUCACUGUUUAACAAAAAACGACAUAAAAAAUCCUUGCAUACCUUGUUAAAUUGGAGAAUUUUAAUGGUUUUCAUUUAUCACUGUAAAGCCAAAGGAUGAUUUUACAACAUUUUUUGUACAUAGUUAUUACAUGUAGGGCAA